AUGGAAGAUUCGAUGGACAUGGACAUGAGCCCCCUGAGGCUCCAGAACUAUCUUUUCAGUUGUGAACUAAAGGCCAACAAAGAUUAUCAGUUUAAAGUGGAUAAUGAUGAAAAUGAGCACCAACUAUCUUUAAGAAUAGUCAGUUUAGGGGCUGGUGCAAAGGAUGAAUUGCACAUUGUUGAAGCAGAGGCAAUGAAUUAUGAAGGCAGUUCAAUUAAAAUAACACUGGCAACUUUGAAAAUGUCUGUAGAGCCAACGGUUUCCUUUGGGGGCUUUGAAAUAACACCACCUGUGGUCUUACGGUUGAAGUGUGGUUCAGGGCCUGUACAUAUUAGUGGACAGCACUUAGUAGCUGUAGAGGAAGAUGCAGAGUCAGAAGAUGAUGAGGAGGAGGGUGUGAAACUCCUAAGUACAUCUGGAAAGCGCUCUGCCCCUGAAAGUGGUAGCAAGUUUCCACAGAAAAAAGUAAAACUUUCUGCUGAUGAAGAUGAUGACAACGAUGAUGACGAAGAUGAUGACGAAGAUGAUGAUGAUGAGUUUGAUGAUGAGGAAACUGAAGAAAAAGCUUCUAUAAAAAAAAGUCAAGAAUCCUUCAAAAAACAGGAAAAAACUCCUAAAACACGGAAAGGGCCUACUUCUGGAGAAGACAUUGAAGCAAAAAUGCAAGCAAGUAUAGAAAAAAGUGGGUCUCUUCCCAAAGUGGAAGCCAAGUUCAUCAGUUGUGUGAAGAAUUGCUUCCGGAUGACUGACCAGGAGGCUGUUCAAGAUCUCUGGCAGCGGGAGAAGUCUCUUUAA